UCUUGAGCCAAAUAAGAUUUUAAUAAUUUCUAAAGGAUCAACUUGUUUGGCCAAGAGAUUUAUGUGUUCCACUUGGAACAACUUUUGAAUUCUUGUUUUUUGAAAAAAAAUGUUUGAAAAUUAAAAAAAUGACGAUGUAUGUACUUUGAAAGUGCAUUUUUGAGUUCACACUCUAGUUGUAAAAUAUGUAUGUAUAUGACGAGUCCAGGGGAAAAACGGCACAUGUCCAUUUUUUGUCAAAAAUAAACUAAUGAUGAGGUCUUGUAGCAUUUACUGAGCACUUUAUGAUGCCAUUCAUACUUUUAGAAAGCAAAUUUAAGCCUUUGUAAAAAAAUGAAUAAAUUAUGUGCCUUUUGCAUUACCUAAGUUGUAUGGGGAACAAAAUUUUAAAAUGCUUUUAUCUCGGAAUGAAUUGGAAUGAACUUGAGCUGUUUUUCCCCUGGGCCCUUCAUAUGUAUAUACUAUACAUGUAUAUGUAGAAAUCGAUAAAUAUUCGAAUUAAAAAAAGAAAAUAAUUGCAAAACAACUUUAAACUCUAUAAAAACAUUAGAAAAUUCAAUUUUCGAAAAAAAUGAGGCCAUGCCAAAAACGGUUUUCUUCGUUAUGAACUUUGAAAAUAAUAAUUUGAACCCUUAGGACAUGUAGAAUUCCCAAAUUACAAAUUUUGCUUCCCUAAAGCUUGAUAAAAGUAACAUUAGCAUCUGAUGUAAGGCUUUAUAGAAGCAAAAUUGUAAGUUGAAUGUGGAAAGAAUACCUGUUCCUCAUCAUGACCAAGUCCGCUUGUCAAUGUUAAGAUGUUGAAAUCAAAUUUGUUCUAGUUAAAAUUCCGUUGUUGGCUGUUAUUAUUACAAAGAUUAAAAUUUUGCAGUUGUAUUUUAAGAACUUGUAUUAUGAUGCAUGUCUUCUCUAAGAAGUUCGUUUAAUGUUGAUUGUAUAAUCUCUCCCCUUUUUAGUGUGAGUUUAUAACACUCAGGGUAAUUCUUCUGAAAGAACAGUGUAUUAUAACAUAAAACCCGUGACUUCUUGCCUAAGUCUUCUCUAUAUCACAAAGCCAAAUCGAAAUAGUCGUUGCUUCGGCUUUUUCUUGCAAAUUGCGUCGUAGAUGUCACAGUAUUUACAUGUCAUUUCUUUUGAUUGAUAUCAAAAGUUUAGUACUAUGAUUUAAUUUAGUUCUAUAGGAACAAAUUCACUUCCAGGAACUAGUAACAAAAAAAGUUCACAAUUCACACUUCAAUUAUUUUUUUUUUUUUCGUUUCAUUUUGAUUAACUUGCCACAGUUAAUAAUGCAAGUACACAAAGUAGGAAGUGUUUGCUUUAUAAGCCAACAGGUCCUAAUUUAUUGAUCCAUCUUCCAUAAUCCAUUAAGAAAUUAGUUUCUACUAGUAUUUGAAUUGAACUAAUUUCCAUAUAAACGACAUUCGGCAAAAUGUUUCUAUUGAAGUUAGUAAGACUUUUGUACUUAGUUCUUGGAGUUAUUGGUUGCAAUAAUUUCGAACAUAAUUUAAUACAUCGAAUUUACAAUGAAAGUGAUUCAGUGACAAGUGUUGUUUUUAUUGGUUUUGAAAAUAAUGAAUUUCUGCAUAAUUUUUUAGCCCAAAAUGACAAUAUUCCUGUGAUAAUAUUUACAUCUCCUCCACGAUUUUAUCACAAAGAACAAUUUUACAGAAAUGCGAUAUUAGUUGUACAAUAUUGUGACAAAAUUGGAUAUAUUUUUUCGAAUUUAAUUCGUUACAUUCGAGUUCGAAAAAAUGUUAUAAUUAUUUCUGAUAACAUAGAGACUAUGAAAAGUGGUUUUAACUACUUCCAAAGAAAUAAUUUUACAAGAAUUUUCGGAACCGAUAGAAAAAGUCAAUAUGCAUUUCUGCCUUAUUCUAACAAUCCAGUUCAAGAAAUCUCUCAAGCGAAACCUCUUCCGAAUCCGUUGGAAAAUUUAAAUGGCUACGUAUUUCGAGCUGGUGUUCAAUAUGAUUCUCCCAGAGUUUUUUGGUAUUCGGAUAAAUCCGGUCAAACUAAAAUUGCAGGCUAUGCUGGGGAACUUUUUUUGAACUUUCUCCAAAAACACAAUGCGACCAUUGAAGCAAUAUUUAUUAAAAACUUCAAAAGUCAAUUCACUUAUAGGGAAAUCAUCACCCACAAAAUGGACGUCAAAAUGGUUGCAUGGAAUGGAAAUGAACGAGUUCGGCUGAGUUAUCCUCUGGCACGAGUUGGUUGGGUUAUCAUGGUGCCACUAAAUGGCCAUUUAAAUCCAAAUCAGUACUUUCUUAGACCUUUUUCGUUAACAUCUUGGAUAUGCAUUGGAAUAAGUUUCGUCUUCAUAGUUUUUAUGGAUUUACUGAAGGACCGUUUGACAGAGCAGCCUGUUAACACUUGGAAAUGCACAGCUCGAACUGUUCUAACACUUUUAAAUAUGCCUGCAAAUGGAAAAAUCCAUCGAGCUUAUAGAUUUCAUUGUCAAGUUAUGAUUUUUUCAUUUGUUCUUGUCAAUCUUUAUCUGAUUUCUUUGACAUCUUUUCUGACAGUUUUCAUUAAAGUUAAACAAUAUGACACAAUAGAAGAAUUAAUUGAUAAUAAUGUACCGAUGAUGGUUUCACCAUUUGGCUAUGAAAUAGUUCUUAGCAAAAUUGCUGAUAAAGGAAUAGAGAAAAUAUUGAAAAAAUUCGAUGAAGAAACGGUUUUAAAUGCUAGAACUUAUUACACAAAUACAAGUUACGCUUAUGCUAAUGAUAUUGAUUCAGCUGAAUUUUUUCUCAAAUUGCAUGCGAAAUAUUCUAAACCAAAAUAUCAUUUAAUUCGUGAAAGUUAUCAAGAUCAUUUUAUUGGAUUUCUUCAAAAUCGUGAUUCACCAUUUAUUGAGAUAUUGGACAGGUGUAUAAUUCAAAGUAUGAGUGGUGGAUUGUUGGAUAAGUGGACAAGUGAUGCUGUGGAAAUUGUAAGACAAGGGAAAUUUGUUCAGAGAUCGACUGGUCGUAAAAUUUUAAGACCUUUAACAAUAGAUCAUUUGCAAUUUGCUUGGACUGUUCAUCAUCUUGGUGUACUAUUCAGUGUUGUUGUUUUUUUGAUUGAAAGAUAUAAAAUUUUUAGAAAAUGUUUUUUGUAGUUUUUAGUUUUUAGAAAUAUAAAUAAAAGAAAUUGGUUUGCUAAGAAAAUGUGCACUGACAGUUAUUAUUUUUGAAAAGGAUUUGUCUUGUAAGAAAUGGGACUUCUGAAAUAAAAAUUCUUCAUAAUGUUUAAGGACUUUUAUAGUAAAAUUUGAUGUAAAAACGCCCCUUUAAAAAAGCAACUUUCUGAAAUAAAAAGUCUUCACAAUUUAAAAAGGCUAUUUGAAGUAAAAAUUGAUGCGUCGUGAUGUAAAAAGACCUAAUUCAAAAUGCGACUUUCUGAAAUAAAAAUACCUCAUUAUGUAAAAGGACUUCCCGUAGUAAAAAUUCAGACUUCGUGGUGUAAAAAGACGUCAAUAAAAAUGCGACUUUGUAAAAUAAAAAAGUUUUUAUAAUGUAAAAGGACUUUUUGAAGUAAAAAUUGUUUAGUUGUAAUGUAAAACGACCUCAUUUAAAAUGCAACUUUCUGAAAUAAAAAGUUUUUAUAAAGUAAAAGGACUUUUUGAAGUAAAAAUUGAUGCUUCGUGAUGUAAAACGACGUCAUUAAAAA